CCAUCCCUAUGAAGGACACACUGCUGAUAAAAGCAGCAGCACUAUAAUGGUGUCAGAGUUGGAGUUUAAUGCCAUCUUAGGCUCCAAAGACGAGAAUAUCUCAGCACUUCAGCAGGAAAAUGCCUCAUUAAGAGAAGAAGUGAUGAAGCUGACUCAGAAAAUAGAAAUGCAGCAAACCAAUCAUGAAGAUGAGGUCGCUGUUCUGUAUGAUGAGCGCAUUAAGACAAACAAAGACCGCCGAGAUGCCAUCAGAAAGGCCGACCAGCUCAAAGUAUUUCUCAUUACUGAGAAGAACAAAACAAAGGAGGCUGAGAUCUGCUUGGCCAAGCAGAUGGAAGAAACAUCUAGAUUACAAGCUGCUCUGGCCAAGAUGGAGACAGAUAUGGAGGAACAAAGACAGCAGUGGGAGCAGGAAAAAUGCUGCCUCCUGACCAGUAAGUCUGAUCCCUCUGCGGUGGAAAAGCUGAAAUAUCAACUGGAGACGCAGAAGGUCACUCAUGAAGAACAGGUCGCUGCUCUGAAUCAUCAGCUGAGCAAGAGAAACAAGGACCUGCAAGAUGCCAUCAAAAGAGCUGAACAGCUGGAAGAAACCCUGAUUAAAGAGAAAAGCCAAGCAAAAGAGGCUCAGGAUCGCUUUGCCCAGAAAAAUGAGGCAACGUCCAGACUACAAGCUGCUCUGGCCAAGAUGGAGAGAGCUUUGGCGGAGCAGCGCCUGCAGUGGGAGAAGGAAAAAUCUCAGGCUGCUUUGGUCAAAGUUCAGCAAGACCUGGAGAACCAAAGACAGCUCUGGAUCCAGGAAAAAUCCAGGCUCCUGACAGAGCAGCAGAAGACUGUCAGAGAUGUAGAAGCCACUAUGAAAGAUGUUCAGGAGGUACUGCACAAUGAGAGGCAGCAGUGGCAAACGGCGACGGACAAUUUUCAGCAGAAAACUGUCAGGAAGUCCUGCUUUCUAGAGAGCCUCGCAUCAACAGAGGAGUCUCUGAAAGAGAUGGAUGAGGAGAGAAAAACCUCUACAGAGAGCCUGGUGGAAGAACUGAAACAACUGCAACAGGAGAUGGACAAUUUUCAAGAAAAACCCAAAAAGAAAUCUUAA